AUGGCGGUAAGUCCAAUACGAGAGAAUCACAAUACAUUAAACGAGAAAAUAAUGCCUCAGAAGUCAAGCCCAGCUUCCCAGUCUACGCAUUGCCGUAAUGUCUUGUCCUGUACUGCGUACUCCGUACUCCGUACUGGUCAUAUCAAACCCUCGACUUUGACAGGGCCAAGCGGGAAAGUAAGAAAAAAACUUCUUCAUGAGCUCCAGACGGAGAUCCAAAAAGCGAGAUUCGAUCGUUACACAGGAAAUAGCAUUGGCCUUGUCCAACCACCCCCAAGAGGCUGUGCUGGCCCAACAGGUCUUACAAACGAAACGAUAUCACUUUUCCAGGUCGAUCUAGGCCCUGCACAUGGACCACCAUUUUCCAGGUGUGACGGCCGAAACAUUGACAGGAAGCUUCCGGCCUCACCGUCGGCGCCGACGUGGCCUAGUUCAAACUAUGUCGUAUGUCAUUUUCUUCAUCCGAGACCAACUGCUGUACCAGACAGUACGGAGUGCGCAGUCGGUGUAAUUUGA